UUAGUUGAAUUUAAAAAUAUUAAUAAAGUAAUUGAAUUUUUGUCAAGAAAUGGAAUCGAAUAUCGAUUUAUCGAUCGAUCCUUAUUUAUCCCUACCAUGACAUAACCUUGAAGAAUCAAAAUCAGAUAAAGAACAAUUUGGAGGUUAUGUGUUAUUCAAGGACUGAAUGUUUUGACGUUUCGUUGUCAACGUGAUUCGGUCAUGGGUUUGUUUGGGAAAUCACAGGAAAAGAACCCCAAGGAAAUGGUUCAAGAAUGGACCCACAAAUUGAGGAAGGAAGGUUAUCAGCUAGAUAGGCAAGUAAGAGCGAUUCAGAGGGAGGAAGAAAAAGUAAAACGUUCUCUGAAAGAUGCAGCGAAGAAGGGUGACAGAGAUGUAUGUAAAAUAUUGGCAAAAGAAAUUAUCAGGGCUCGUAAGGCCUGCAAUAAGAUCUAUACAUCCAAGGCACAUCUGAAUUCGGUAUCCCUACAAAUGAAGAACCAGCUGGCGACAAUCAGAGUAGCUGGUUCAGUUUCUAAGUCCACAGAAGUGAUGCAGGCUAUGCAGUCAUUAAUACGAGUGCCAGAGGUAGCUGCGACUAUGAGAGAAAUGUCAAAGGAGAUGAUGAAAGCAGGAAUCAUUGAGGAAAUGCUGGAUGAAACAAUGGAUUCUAUUGAAGAUUCUGAGGAUAUGGAAGAUGAGGCUGAUGAAGAGCUUGAUAAAAUCUUAUGGGAGGUGACAGCUGGUCAGUUAGGUACAGCGCCAGCAGUUGUGACAGAAAAUCCAGGAUCAAUUGCCACUUCUACUGCUGCAGAAGAGGAGACAGAAGAUGAUGAUAAGGAACUUGAAGAAAUGAAAAACAGACUUCAAAGUUUACGCAGUUAGAUGAAGAAUAUAGUGAUCAAAAAUCAAUCGCACCAAAUUUAUCAGGGAUAAAAGUAUUUUCUCGUGAUAACAGUUCUGAAUAAUGAAUAACAGAAAGUUUAAAAAAUAUAAAUAUGUAUGUAUA